UUCACACAACAGAAAGGCUGCCGGUCCGGGCGCUUGUUAUCCCCGCAUGUGAGCGAUCUGGCGAGUAGAGACUCCCUCCUGUAGUCCUGAAGGAGGAGGACUCAAGACUUCAAGGAGAAGAAGGGCCGUUGUGUCUUGGACUCCCAGCAGCUGGCAGCAGGAAGGAGCAGAAGCUGGAUCUGAAGGCAGGAAACUGGACUUGCUCCUAGAAAGAAAUAAGCUCAGGGCACGGAAGGAACAGGCAUUGGGCCUUGGGGAGUGAAACCAUCUGCAAGUGUCAUCUCUCUUGCCCAGCUGCCCAGGUCCUUUGGAACUUUAGAGGCUGUGAGUUGCAGACUUUAUGUAAGGAAAACGAUCACUGCCUUCAGAGGGUGGGUGAAAAGCCGUGCUGGCUGGAUGAUGUCAGAUAUCUGUACUGUGCGUAACUGAAGGAGCCAGAACCAUGGUAUUCUAUUAAAUGCUGAACACAGGCGUUCCGGGGCCCCUGCUGGCCAUGGGUUGUUUCCGAACUUCACUGAGUCAUUCCUGGAUUUAUCCCACUGUGAUCCUCUGCUUAUUUGGAUUUUUCUCCAUGAUGAGACCCUCAGAACCCUUCCUUAUCCCUUAUUUAUCUGGACCAGAUAAAAACCUGACCAGCUCAGAGAUCACAAAUGAGAUCUUUCCUGUGUGGACAUACUCUUACUUGGUGCUGCUUCUCCCCGUGUUUGUCCUCACCGAUUACGUCCGCUACAAGCCAGUCAUCAUCUUACAAGGGAUUAGCUUCAUCGUUACCUGGCUGCUGCUCUUGUUUGGGCAAGGAGUGAAGACCAUGCAGGUUGUAGAGUUUUUCUAUGGGAUGGUCACUGCCACCGAGGUGGCCUACUAUGCUUACAUUUACAGUGUGGUCAGCCCAGAACACUAUCAGAAAGUGAGUGGUUACUGCAGGAGUGUCACGCUGGUGGCCUACACAGCAGCCUCAGUGCUGGCCCAGAUCUUGGUAUCUCUGGCCAAUUUAUCCUACUUCUACCUCAAUGUCAUAUCCCUGGUCUCUGUCUCCAUGGCCUUCCUUCUCUCACUUUUUCUACCAAUGCCCCAGAAAAGCAUGUUUUUUCAUGCAAAACCCAGCAAAGAAGUACAAAAGCCAUCAAACAAGAAUGGCGUGUUAGGUGAACCUCAGGAGGGGGAAGCACCAGGCUGCAAAGAGGAGAAACCCACGUCGGAAAUAUCUACCACAUCGGAGAACCCAGAUGAUGGCCUGUUGAGCAGCCUAAAGCCAAAAAAUUUAGCUUUGAGAGUUUUCAUGCAGUGGUUCCAAGAUCUGAAGGAGUGCUAUUCCUCAAAGCGUCUUUUUUACUGGUCCCUGUGGUGGGCGUUUUCCACAGCAGGUUUUAACCAGAUUUUGAACUAUGUUCAAGUCUUGUGGGAUUAUAAAGCACCAUCCCAAAAUUCUUCUGUCUAUAAUGGGGCAGUAGAAGCUCUCGCAACCUUUGGAGGGGCUGUGGCUGCCUUUGCAGUGGGUUAUGUGAAAGUCAACUGGGAUCUUCUGGGAGAGUUGGCUCUGGCGAUCUUCUCAGUUGCCAAUGCAGGCGCUCUCUUUCUCAUGCAUUACACAACCAACAUCUGGGCAUGCUAUGCUGGCUAUUUGAUAUUCAAGUCCAGCUAUAUGCUUCUUAUAACCAUAGCUGUAUUUCAGAUCGCAGUUAAUCUGAGCGUGGAGCGCUAUGCUCUCGUGUUUGGAAUCAACACCUUCAUUGCCCUGGUGAUUCAGACCAUUGUAACUGUGAUCGUGGUGGAUCAGAGAGGGCUCAAUCUGCCAAUCAGCAUUCAGUUUUUAGUUUAUGGGAGUUAUUUUGCAGUCAUUGCUGGAAUUUUCCUAAUGAGAAGCGUAUACAUUAUCUAUGCAGCCAAAUGCCAAAAGAAGGUGCAGAGCUCUGCUACAAGUCAGAAUCCAUAUGGACCACACCCAGAGGAGCCAAGGGAUGUCAUCAUGGGAACAAAGCUCUAAUCUUAUGUGAACCAUUACAACCUCUGAGCAAGGACUGUGCUGGUCACAAAGCCACUAAGUGCCAUAAGUUGACAUGUUUCACAAGUGUGGUUUCCAAUGAACCUUUUCAAAACCACAACAAAAUGUCAGCUUUAGACCAGAUAUCUAUGUGCUCAGCUGAACUGGAUGAAGUCAACAGGGCCCAUUAUCUCAAUGAAACAACCCAUUUUGGCAACCCCAGUGAAUAGCAAUAGCUGGAAAAUUCUGGUUUUGAUCACUUGCAAAGACAUGCAAAGGCAUGGAAAGAAACCAUAAGAAAGUUCCAGCUGUCCUGGAGUUGAUGUUCCCCAUUCGUGAGCAGAAAUACUAGCUAGACUGACCCUGUUGCUUGGCUUAGAUAUUUGUUUUAUCUUACCAAAACAGGCAACCCAUGGGACAUUUUUGUCACAUGAGCCAUUUUUCUUCUUCCAUUAAGUGUAUUUCUAUAUAACUUAACAGUUCUCUGAGAGAAUUGCAGGAUUUAGUCCCAUUUCUAAGGACUCCUCUUCAAUCCUGAUAACAUAGCAUCACUCACAAACUAGUAUUUGAUAAUAUCACCAUUUAAUUGUUUCAUGAUUAUUUUUCAUUUUGCGCUCUGCUGAGCUGUGCUGUUGAAACUCUACCUCAGGAAUAGCUGCAACCCUCCUGUGUGUCCACAGAAUGACAUUCAUGUCCAUUCCCAGUGGCCCUAGGAAAAGUAAUGAGCUUUCUCCCUAAUGUGACGCCAGAGAGGUGUUUUAAUGCUCUGUCAGCAUGAUGUCUGUCCAAGACAGAAAAAGUUAAGUAGAAAUUUCCAGGGGUUUCUAGAAGUAUUUGUAAAUAAGAAAACACUGAUGGGGGAGGCACCUGAUUUUUAAAUGGCAGAAAUUGUGCUAAAUAAAAUUAAAUGUGCAAAAAUAUUAAAGAGCCUAAUUUUUUGAUGAAUUGUACUGAAAAUUGGCCUUUUCUGUCCUUUGAAUCUUCAGUAGAGGCUGUAUUGAGCAGUCUGCCAGCGGGAAUAAAGAAUGCUGAUUCAAGAUUUGUAUUUCAAAUACACUCUUCUCCAAAUCCAAAAAUUCAGUCCCUGGACUGAAAAGAAAAUUUCAGCCCAAAAGCCAACACAUU